CUGUUUGCAUCAAAAGAGUCAUUGUGGCGGUGUUUAUUUUAAAUAUACGCGAGGAAUCGAUUACAUUCGAAUAAAAACAUGCCAAAAGUACGACGAAGUAAGAAACCUCCACCCGAUGGCUGGGAACUUAUCGAACCAACUUUAGAAGAACUGGAACAAAAAAUGCGAGAAGCCGAAACGGAACCUCACGAAGGCAAACGUAAACAAGAAUCUUUGUGGCCAAUAUUCAAAAUCCACCAUCAAAAGUCGCGGUACAUAUACGACUUAUAUUACAGACGCAAAGCCAUAAGCCGUGAAUUGUAUGACUAUUGUUUAAACGAAAACAUCGCGGACAAAAAUUUGAUAGCCAAGUGGAAGAAAGUGGGCUAUGAAAAUUUAUGUUGUUUACGGUGUAUACAAACUAGAGACACUAAUUUCGGAACCAAUUGUAUAUGUCGAGUACCAAAAGGAAAGCUGGAAGAAGGUAGAAUAGUGGAAUGCAUUCAUUGCGGUUGUAGAGGAUGUUCCGGAUAACCUCUGGCGAUUA